AUGUACAGUCAAAGAUGCAGGAAGAGGAUGGGAUAUAGCUUCAGUGGCCGCGACCUGCUCCCUGUCCUUUCCGCUGUAGAAGCACAGCAAAAGACGCGGCCGUUUGACUUUGAGGAAGGGGACGUGUACAUGUCGUCCCACGAGCAGCGCUUCCGUCUGUUCAGCUCAGUGGAAUAUGAGGGACAGCUUUACAUGACCCCACAGAACUUCAUCGAGUCCGUCACCAUGAGCGAGCCCCGGAACAAGAAGCCGUGGAUGUCCCUCACUAAACAGGAACUGGAGAAGACCUUGGUAGACACUCCAGCGGUGUGGCAGGGAACGUCCAAACUGUUCCGGAACCUACGGGAACGAGGCAUCAUCGCUUACACCGAGUAUCUCUUUCUGCUCUGCAUUCUGACAAAGCCCCACGCAGGCUUCAAGAUCGCCUUCAACAUGUUCGACGCCGACGGAAACCAGAUGGUUGACAAGAGGGAGUUCCUAGUGCUGCAGGAGAUCUUCAGGAAGAAAAAUGAGAAGAAGGGGAGGAAAGGAGAUGUGGAGAAGUCAGCUCAGCUGAGUAUGCAGCUCUAUGGAUAUCAGGUUGCUCCCAUCAACAGCGUGGUUAAAAAAGACAGUCAUCAGUUUGUGGCCAGGAGCUAUUGGGACGUUCUGAGGCGCUGCGCCAGUCAAGCCCUGUUUUCAGACCUGGCAGAGCGUGCGGAGGAGGGUAUGAUGAUUGACACCACACUGCUGGUGCACUUCUUUGGGAAGAAGGGGAAGGCGGAGCUGACCUUCGACGAUUUCUACAGGUUCAUGGAUAACCUCCAGACAGAGGUUUUGGAGAUAGAGUUCCUGACCUACUCUAAAGGCAUGACCACCAUCAGUGAGGAGGACUUUGCCCGCAUCCUGCUGCGUUACACCAACGUAGAGAACAUCAGCAGUUACCUGGACAACGUCCGCCAGAGCAUCCCUGACGAGAAGGGCAUCACCUUCGACGAGUUCCGCUCCUUCUUCCAGUUCCUCAACAACCUGGAGGACUUUGCCAUCGCCAUGCAGAUGUACAACUUUGCCAGUCGCUCCAUUGGCCAAGAUGAGUUUGGGCGGGCUGUGUACGUGGCCACGGGCCUGAAGCUGACACGUCACCUGGUCCACACCAUCUUCAAGAUCUUUGACGUGGACCACGACGACCAGCUGAGCUACAAGGAGUUCAUCGGCAUUAUGAAGGACCGGCUGCACCGUGGAGGGAGGGGCUACAAAACCGCAGAGCGAUUCACUUCCUUCAAGUCCUGUAUGAAGAAGGAGCUAGCUGGCAGAUAA